AUGUUGAGUGGAGGAGAAAUGAUGCCAAGGUCCAUUGGCAUGGACAUCAAUGGCGAUGGACCAAUUGGUGCUGAGGCAGGUGGUCAAGCGGUCGCUGACACAGUGGUGACCAAAGGAGAAGGCAACAGAGCAUGUGCUCAGGAGGGCAUCGACAAGGCAGGGGUCACCGUAGGCAUUGUCGAGGCUAGGUCCAUCGCGGUCAUCGAGGACGAAGAGGGGAAUCAGAUAGGUCCUGGAGUUGAGGCGCCAAAGAUGCGUGCACCGAUGGUGGAUCAGGCGACGUCCCAGGGGCGGGCGAGCGCUCGAGGGGUUGGGCGCGAUCAGGCGGCGCCAUGCUUAGCUGGGUCAUCGUCAUUGGGUGAGCCAAGUGUGGUGGCUAUGGACACCAGGCAUGGAUCUUCGUGA